AUACCACGUCCCCCAAACCACUUUAUAUUGUGGAGAGCAGCCUUCUGCAAGGAGCAGAAGAACCAUGCAACUGGUAAACUCAUCCCGCAGUCGAUCGUUUCCAAGGAAGCCGGUCUUAUAUGGGCAUCCCUGCCUGCGGCGCAGAAGAGCUUUUGGGUGAAUGAAGCGAAGAAAGCAAAGCAGGCGCAUAUGGAAAAGUAUCCCGACUAUAAGUUCUCACCU